AUGGAAAACUUUAAAAUUAUUACGUCUGAACGCGGAAAAGAGCUUGUAUUAUUAAAUAAUGAUAAAUAUUCAUAUGUAAGGACACGCAAAGAUGGAUUAAUGAAAUGGAAAUGUUCCAAUAACAGUUGUAGUGCCAGUUUAUUAACAAAAAUAGACAAAACUUUCCAUUCGUCAAAUGGUAAACAUGUAAAUCAUGCAAGUAAUAACAACGAAAAAAUUGAAAGACAGAUUUUGAGGGAAAAUUGUAAGCGAAAAGCUGAAGAAAAUACAUCGACAAGACCGUUAAAAAUUAUUAGAACAGAGUUAUUAAACAGUGACUUACCAAAUAUUAUGAACAAUGAUAUUACAUCAGUGCGAAAGGCGAUUUAUGAUAAAAAAAGAAAACAGUAUCCAAUUUAUCCUACUUCUUUAAAUGAAGCUAUAUCCCAAUUAAAAAAUAUACAAAAUAAUGAUUUAUGUAUGUUUAAAAGUGCACAGUUAGAAAUCUGUCGUUGA